GAGAGCAGGGGAGAUGGAGGAACCAUGAGCGGACGCGGCCCCAGAACACUCUGCAGACGGGAACCUGCCAAAGAGGCCCCGGUUUCGAGGGCAACUUGGGCCGUGUGCACAAGAACCUAUCCAGUGCUAUUUUGCAUUUCCCUCAUUAGAGCAAAAUCACCGAUGGAAAGGACCAACGCUGAUGACACAGGCCCCAUACACGUGCCUUUUGGGUACGUUGUGGCCAGUGAGAAAUGGCGUGGGUCCGAGCUGGCGCAGGGGUUGCAAGGGAAAAUUAAACUCCUUUUUGAGGAUUGCCUGACACCGGUAGAUUUUUACUUGUCUAGCAGAUCCUGCGUUCUUUAUAUCACGGAAGCCGAUUUGGUGGCGGGAAAUGGCUACAGAAAGAGGCUUGUUCGGGUUAGAAAUUCCAGUAAUCUUCAAGGGAUCAUACUAGUUGAAAAGACACAGAUGAGUGAGCAAUACUUCCCAGCUGUACAGAAGUUUACUGUCCUGGACCUUGGGAUGGUGUUGCUUCCAGUGGCCAGCCAGAUGGAAGCAUCCCGCCUCAUUAUCCAGUUAGUCCAAGAACAAACCAAAGAGCCCAGUAAGAACCCUUUUGUCAGGAAGAAAUGCACUGUGCUCUCUGAGCCAUCCCUUCUUCGAACUGUGCAGCAGAUCCCAGGAGUGGGAAAAGUGAAAGCUCCCCUUCUGCUUCAGAAAUUCCCGAGUAUCCAGGAGUUAAGUAAUGCAUCCAUCCACGAGCUGGAGCAAGUCGUUGGACAAGCAGUAGCACAGCAAAUUCACACAUUUUUCACACAGUCCAGGUGACGGCUCUCCUUAUGGCAUCUACUACAUUUUCUUCUUCAGACCAGAAACUACAUAAUUUUGUAUUUAAAAGUCAAGAAAAAGUAUUUCCUCUCACUGAAAAAUGAGGUGCAGCCUAAAUGAGGCCUCACUCUAUGGGUUCCAGCUGUUAAGUUAGUGGGCAUCAGAUGGCACUCCCCUCAUUCUUCUAGGAUGAAAAGGGCCUUUGGGGAUCUUCCUAAGACAGUUUAAUUUAGGGACUCUUAUAGAAAAAUGAGGUGCAGCCUAAAUGAGGCCUCACUCUAUGGGUUCCAGCCGUGAAGUUAGUGGGCAUCAGAUGGCACUCCCCUCAUUCUUCUAGGAUGAAAAGGGCCUUUGGGGAUCUUCCUAAGACAGUCAGUUUAAUUUAGGGACUCUUAUACUCAGCAGGGAAACCCUGGUGGCAUUGUGGUUAAGUGCUACAGCUGCUAACUGAAGAGGUCAGCAGUUUGAAUCCGCCAGGUGCUCCUUGGAAACUCUAUGGGGCAGUUCUCUGUCCUGUAGGGUCGCUAUGAGUUGAAAUUGACUCAACGGCCGUGGGGUUUUUUUUUUUUUUGGUAUACUCUGCAGAAAACCAGCCUGGGCAGAUUUUAAUGUGUGACCUUAACCUACAUCUACCAUGGAAGGUCUUCUAAAGCCUCAGGUGUUGGAUGUGACCAUCUAAAGAAAACAAACCUACAAUUGAGUACUAUAAGCCCCUUGUCCCUGGUGUCAGUGCUGCUGUUGUUCAGGUCUGGUCUAAAUAUACCUGUGCUUUGAGGCUGCCAAUGUAAAUAAACAAUUGUACUGCCUUUUCUUUCUUUUUUGGUAGCUGUAGUUUGUUUAUAGCCACUAGGCAGGUCUUCUGAACCCAGUGCUUUAAGAAAGCCUGCUGUCUGAAAUUCCCAUUUAAAGGUAAGAAACUAAUGCAUGAGAGAGGAAAAGAACGUGUUUCUACACGUACGACCCUACAAAGGCUGGGUACACACAAAAUAGCCAGAGCAGCUGCAUCCAGUGAGGGGAACUGGGGGCUGGGGACUGAAAGGUAAAAUGGCCAAAGAAUAAGUACGAUUAAAGAUGUCAUGUUUUAAAAGGUACUAAGAUAACUUGAAAGCUCUAAGUUCCGCUUUGUGAAAUGCUAGUCAUUUUUAAAAACUCAAACAAUAGAAAUAUUUUGAGCAUUAGGCUAGAAAUCAUUUGAAAGAGGAAGGAAUUAAAAUGAAAUAAAAGUAAAAAACAUGAACUUGGUAAAAAGAUGUAAACAACUGAAGGGCCCAUCAAUGGAUAAAUGGAUAGAGAAAAUGUGGUACAUACACACAAUGGAAUACUAUGCAGCCAUAAAGAAUGGUGAAUCCUUGAAACAACGUGGAUGAAUCUGGAGGACAUUAUGCUGAGUAAAAAAGUCAAUCAGAAAAGCACAAA